AUGACCUCGACAACGCAGUCCUGGGCGGCUGCUACACAAUCAUGGGCGUCGUGGUUGCUCGAUUCCUACGCCUCAUCGGUGUCGCCUAUGGCCACUGACACCUCCUUUCGACAUCACGAAGACUCCAAUUCCACAUCGGAGUACUCCUCCCAUGACGAUGGCCAGUCGUCUGUAUCUUCCGUCUCCAUGUCCUCUGCCUAUGGUCCCUAUGUGAAGACUGGCCGUGGGGGCGCGGGCAACUUCAAUUGGCAGUCUGAGGUCCAGCUCGCUCCGCGAUCAACCUCGCCCGUUGACCUCGAGGCGAGUCGACCACCACAACCACACACGUCGCUCGCGGAGCGCCGCAAAGCAGGGGCCAGGCUGGAAAGCAUCAAUACCCAUGAUAUCAGGCCCUUGCGCCAGAACUCCGCCCAGUAUCUGUCCGCCGGCCGCGGCGGAGCCGGAAAUUAUGUUCUCGCUGACAUGAAAUCUAUUCAGCGAAGCCCGAGUCUACCGGCAAGUUUCUCAUCUCCCGUUCCAGGGAAACCUCCCAGUCCACAAGGUCCAAAUCCAUAUCCCGCCGGAAAUGCUGGAAGAGGAGGAGCGGGCAACUACGCAGCCGCCGCGGAGGCCAAGGGGCGGGUAGAAUCAGAGAAGGAACAAGAAGAGAGACUCGCUGCCGAACAAAGGAGAGGCCAGAUCGCCGAAGAGGUGGGCGGAUUGCUGCAACCUCCUCCGGGCGCUUGGCUUGGUGGUGGACGCAGGAAGAGUGAGUCGAUGUAUGAAGAUGUUUGA